AUGUGCAGUCGAGACCUUCUCACAAUCCAUCUUCGGAUUGCUAACAGUUUAUCUGCCUGGGAUUGGUACCGAAUUGAACAUCUCACCUACAACACCAUGAUUUUUGAAAAGGAAAUAACUUCAAGAAGACAGAUCCGGAAGUUUGAAAAGCUACCCAAACACCAACAUCCUAUUCCAACACUUAAUGACGACCGCACUGAGGUCAAUUUAUCUAACCACCAACUCUCAGCCGACGAAAUAUCCGUGUUAAAAAGAGGGGGCAACUUUGCUGUAGUUCCCAAGUAUAUUCCGGUGGAAGACAUCGUAGCCAACAUUGAAGCCGGUCUCCACAAGCUUCCAAAGGACGUGUCAGCAGACAUCCACCGAGAGGCAUCAAGGAUUUUACAGCGAGCCAAUACACCAAGGAGCAAUAUAACAGCACAAGAAAGACGUGCCUUGAAACAGCUGAAGUCCAAUCAAGAUAUUGUUAUCUUAGCCACCUACAAAGGAAAUGCCACCGCCGUCCUUAACACCAAGGACUACCAGGACAAGAUCCAAGAAUUGUUAGACCCCGAUAUCUACAGGUCCCUACAAGUCUGGAGUUCCCCUUCGUCCCAUUGUAAGCGCCAUUAG